AUGUUGAAAUCCUUACUCUCACUCGCCACUGGUCGCGCACCCGACUAUAUUUUCCCCCAAGUGGAUCCCAAGCAAGAUGGACCUGAAUGUCUGCAAGACUGCGCAGACUGCACCAUCCAAUUCCCCGACAAAGUGAAAGUCGAUACCAUACGUCCUCUGUAUGGCCACAUCAAGGAAUUCCACUCCCAUGUCCUCGUGGCAACAGGACGCACCGACUGGAAAGAGAAAGUCGAGAACGAGGCCGGUUCUUUAAUGGAAGCUCUAGACCAGUCGAGUUCAAAACGCGGUCGCUUCAUGGUCUCUGCUUCAAAUCUACAGUCACCAAACCAUUCAGGCUCGGAGGAGUACGAUAAACCUACAACAGUACUCAUUCUCCCAUCAUUUACAUUCGUGGACUCUGUUACCCAGACCAAUGUACCGGAGCUUAUCAACCAAUUUCUCGAUAAUCCAGACGAGAAAAAUGACGCCCUCUCCUCAGGGAUCACUUCUCGUCCAUGCGAACUAGACUACGUGAUCCUAUUAUGUUCACACCGUCGCCGUGACGCCCGAUGUGGAAUUACCGCCCCACUGAUCAAGCGGGAGUUGGAGCGCCAUCUGCGACCUCUUGGGCUAGAUCGCGACGCAGAUGAUACCCGACCUGGUGGAGCGGGGAUCUUUUUCGUGUCACAUGUGGGUGGACAUAAGUUCUCGGCGAAUGUGCUUAUUUACCGGAAGAAGGAACAGCAGAUGAUCUGGUUGGCGAGAAUACGACCGGAACAUUGUGAGGGGUUGGUGAAGUAUACACUUCUUCAGGGGAAGGUGGUCAAUCCGGAUACCCAGUUACGUGGAGGGUUUGAUCGUGAGCGAGGAUUGACGAGUUGGUAA